AUGGAAGAUUUACCUGUUGACAAGGAAAAGAAAUUGUUGCAUUUAGUGGAAAUGGGCUUCUUGAUAGAUGAUGCUUCAUUAGCUUUGGAGAAAUGUGGUCAACAUGCCUCAAUUAUGGAACUGGUAGACUUUAUAUCUGCUUCACAAAUAGAAAAGAUCACAACUGAUGCUCCUCUACAGGAAUCAGCCAACCCAAGUUUGAAUGAGAAUGAGUUAAGGCCAAGUCAUUUCCUUGGUGACCAUCCUCAACAAAAUAAAAGGAAGCUCUUUGAAGUAGAGGAGAUAUGGGAAAAAAAAAUUGAAUCAUUGAGGAGAAAGGAAUCCUAUAAGAAAGGAAAGAAACCAGUACUAGAAGAAGAAGAAGAGACUAUUCAUGUACCAAAACUCAUGAUAGGGUUUGGAGUUCCAAAUAUGCUGAAGCCUGUGUUUAAUAGGAAAAUCCCCUCAGAAGCCAUUGGUCCUCCAUAUUUCUAUUUUGAAAAUGUGGCCUAUGCUCCUAAAGGUGCUUGGGAUACCAUGUCUCGCUUUUUAUGUGAAAUUAAGCCUGAGUUUGUUGACUCUAUAUAUUUCUGUGCUGCUGCAAGAAAAAGAGGCUAUAUUCACAAUCUUCCAAUUCACAAUAGAUUUCCUCUCCAACCUAUUCCACCACUCACAAUUCAAGAAGCAUUUCCACUUACCAAGAAAUGGUGGCCUUCAUGGGAUAAGAGAACAAAACUUAACUGUAUAAGGAGUAAGACUGGCAAUGCAAAAGUGACAGAAAGGAUAAGGCAAGCCCUACAAAGCUGGGAUGAGGAGCCAUCUCUAAGGACCCAAAACUACAUUCUUGAUGAAUGUAAAAAUUGGAAUUUAGUUUGGGUUGGCAAGAACAAAGUUUCCUCUCUUGAUCCAGAGGAAAUAGAGAUGCUUAUGGGAUACCCUAAGCACCACACUAGAGGGGGUGGAACUAGUAGUACUGAUAGGUUUAAAGCACUUGGUAAUUCAUUUCAGUACUUUCUCUCUUCUCUGGUGUUGGUGGUGCUGAGGUAGCUUUGCACAGUCUUGGAAUUCCUCUAAAGAAUGUUGUCUCAGUGGAGAUUUCAAAAGUUAAUAGGAACAUUAUUCAGAGUUGGUGGGAGCAAACAAAUCAGAAAGGAAAUCUGAUCCACAUUGCAGAUGUUCAAGAGUUGAGCCUUGAUAAGUUGGGGGAACUUAUGAAAUCAUUUGGUGGGUUUGACCUUAUAAUUGGUGGGAGUCCAUGUAACAAUCUUAGUGGCUGCAAUAGGGUUAGCAGAGAUGGGCUUAAUGGUGAACACUCUAUUUUGUUUUUUCAUUAUUUUCGCAUUUUACAUGAUGUUAAGAUUUUGAUGGGUAAAGCUUGAUGAUUUGGCUCGCAAGAACUAAUUUAUUUAUUUAUUUUUAGGGUUUAAGAUUUUUUCUGGUACUAGAUUUCUAGAGAACAUUUAUGUUUCAAUUAGUUUCUGUUGUUGUAGAUGAGUUGUUAUAGAAUGAUGUCUCUC